AACAUGUAGAUGUUAGAUAACUAGAUUUUUGGCAAGUUAACCUAUUAUAUCUGUACGUGUGGUGUAAAUCGACCCAAAUCAAAUGCCUGAAUAUUGUAGUAACCGUGAUCUAAUGGAUCGAUCUCUGAAAUAGAUAUUAAAUUACAGACAUGAAUAUUUUGGCACCCUGUGGCUGUGGUGAAUUCAUGCAACGUCGUCGCUAGUUUAUUGUAGUUGGUUUAAAUUUGUGAUUUCAUGGCGACUCGGUUCAUGAACCGACUAAAUAUGAGCAAGCUGCUUGUUUUAAGAGCUAGAGUUGUAUUUAAAUACAAAUAUUCAUCUUCUCCAAGAAGCGCAAGAUGUCUCCAUAUGGGCGAAUAUUUCACUCGUGGACGCUUGAGUGAUAUCGAGCUACAGACACCAGUGCCCUUGGCUGGAAGGAAAUAUUUAGCAAGUUCAACAUCACCCGGCUUUCCAAAAUAUCUUUCAGGACCAAAAGAUGACUUUCCAAUGUUGGUUAAAGCGAAGAAAGGUGAGCAGACAAGUAUGAAACACUGGGCAUUGAGAUCAAGAGAGAUUAUUGAUCAGGCAUAUCAAAGGUACGAGAAGGAUGGUACAGCAGUCGCUUUAUUGUUCCGUGGUCUUCCAAACUCGGGUGGAAAGGAUUUCUCAGAAUGGGUUAACAAUUUGGGUUUUGAACCAUUUUCCUAUGUCGGAGGAACAACCGCCAGAAAUGAGAUUGAACUAAACGUUGACCAGGGAGCUUUGGAUGAAAAUGUUAUAACUAUUGAAACUCAUAAUGAGAUGGCUUACUCCAACAGAUUUCCUAAGAUCUUCACAAUAAGUUGUUUCAACAAAGCUCACUGGGGUGGAGAGACUGCAAUUUGUGACAAUAGAGAUUUCUCCGCGAAAUUGGAUCCAAACUUUGUUGAAAAAUGCAAAGAUAGAAAAAUCCGUUACUGGAGUUGUCUUCACAGCGAAGAUAGCGACAAAAAUCUUUACCAAAGUUGGCAAAUGCGUUUUAGAACCAAGGACAAAGGCGAAGUUGACGAGUUCAUGAAAUAUCGUCAGUAUAAUUUCUUCUGGGAAGGAAACACGUUGUUUUACUGGGAUAAUGUAUCACCGACUCUGAAGCACGUGAAAAGUGGCGAAGAAUUGUGGUUCACCCAGAUUGGAACGAGCCAUUGUACUUAUUUUAUAAACACUCCACAAUACGAGGGCCUGCCGGAAAUGCCGAACAAGGAGUACCCGACUCACACCACGUACGGUGAUGGAGAGGAAUUUACAUCGUACGAAAUUGACAAUUACAGACGUUGUAAGUGGGAAAAUGCUGUUGCAUUUGACUGGCAAAACGGUGAUAUUCUUUUUCUUGAUCAGAUGAUUGUUCAACAUUCCAGAUUAAGUUUUGAGGGGGAAAGAAAAGUCGGUGUUAGUCUUUUGGAUUACUAGCAGUGGAUGAUCUGUUUGGAUUAGUCUGUGCUAAUAUGUUUAGGAUUUAUAGUCGCUCUAUUAAUAAUAGCCAGAAUUCGCGGACAUUUGAGUAUGACACACCAAAUCAUCAACAGAAUCCAACCUUAUGCAUCUCUUCAAUCGUUAUGAUUUCAUAAGUAUCAGUUAUUACUAUUUUAAAUUUUUCGUACGUAUACAUACGUGCAAAAAACGCGACAGUGGAAGGAAACCUAACUUUUGCUGGUAUAUGUUUCUGUAGAUUUUCCAUUUUUAAUUCAUUGUUUACAAAUAUUUUGUAACGUAUAACAUAUUCAGAGACCAACGUUAUAAACGGCUAAAACUUUAGCUUUCAAAAGCAGGAAGAAUAAGAAUAGAAAUUUUUACAAAUCUACCUGAAAAUAUUUUGAGUAACUUAAUUGUUCUGCAACUUGCAAUCGAGGAAAAAGCUUCUUUUUCAAAGGCAUUCGAGAAAUUCCCUUUUAGCCCGAAUCGGACUAGCGAUCAUCUGACAAACACCGCAUUCUAAAUUACUAACUGAAUAAUAUGCGAAAGAUGGUCAAUGGCCAGCAGCAAUUUGAAAACUAACAAGAACGAAUAGCGUAGCCAGCCAGUUGAUUUGCCCCACUAUGCUAAUAUUUUAGUGUUCUCUGACUAAGAAAACAAUAGAUUUCUAAAGACAUGAAUAAUUAUAAUAACUCGAAAUUUACAUAGCGGGACAAAAUCGUCAGGAUGGCUACGCCACUGAAUACCCAAACUACAAACUGUCAGUUUCAGCGUGACAUGUAAGUGUUUGGUACAUAUACAGGCCGCCUUUAAUGAACUUGAUUUAUUUCUGUGCAAAUGUGAUCUUGACAAUAAAGAACUUAAGAUUGUAGUAGAUAUGAACUGCGACUUUUCUUAAGCAGUUCCAGGCUCUCAUACGCGGAGACUCCCACUGUCAUGCUCUUUAUAUUCAAUUAGACCAAAUCAAGGAACGCAGAAUCGGCAACAUUUGCAUGUCGACCUUUUCUUGACAAAUCAAACUGAGAAUAUAACGAACUCAGACGUGAUACAUCUUGCAUAAAGAUUUUGAUGAAAACGAUAUCAUUCAUACAUCGCAACUUCUUUGGGAUAUUGUGCACCAAUUUGACAAUACUGCUUUAUCUGGCAUGUUUGCAGAUCCCUUUUUCUGGCGAUACUUGAUUGGCAUGCGCCUAUUCGGUGUAAGCGAAUAAGAGGCAGCUCGGUGCCUUGGAUAACAUCUGAUGCAUCUGCAAUAAUAUAAAACACGCAUCUACGGCACAUUGAAAUAAAUAUAAAUUAGAACAAAACAAGGUCAAUGCUGCAAUGAGAAGCGCUAAAAAAGCUUAUUUAAAUUUAUCUUCGCUCUCAAGGCUAGCCACUGUAGCUGAUUCGUCUAUGACGCGCUAGGCGUGUGGAAAUGCAUACUUUGUUUCUCACUGAGACGUAACGGUUAGGUGCACAUACAUCAUGGUCUCUAUGGGGGCCGUAGUGCAUCUCCCCCUU